AUGAUGGUUGAAGGGCCAGCGUUUCUAAAAAGUAAGGUAAUUAUUUGUAAAAAACCAAAACACCUGGUUACAAAUCUUGAGCAGGUUAACGUUCAUACAGCGGUCGUUAACACAACCUUGUGGCAAAGGUUUUCUUCAUUCUCGAAGCUUGUUCGGGUGGUCGCUUAUUGUCGACGUUGGUUAAGGAUAAGGAAAGGUUUGAGUAGUAGGCCAAGUUCAGAAGCAUUGGAGCGACAGGAAAUUGAAGAUGCGAUAAAGGUCUGUAUUAAAAAAUGCCAAGAAGAAGGAUUCCGGAAAGAGUUGGAAGAAUUGCGAAAACACGGCAUAAUAGAUAAGAAAAAGAAAAGUUUAAAGACAUUAAAUAUAUUUUUAGAUUCGGAAGGUGUAAUUAGAGUAGGUGGUCGGCUGGAAAUGUCUUCGCUGUCGUUUAACGAGAAACAUCCGAUCCUCAUACUUAAAGAAUCUUACUUAAGCGGACUCUUAAUUGCUGAUGCUCACCAAAAAACCCUGCACGGAGGCCCGCAACUCAUGAUUACCUAUUUGAGAUCGAAGUAUUGGAUUGUGGGUGCAAGGUCUCUAAUUAGAAAAUAUUAUCGUGGCUGUGUCACUUGUACGCGUUACUCGAACAGGUCCACAUCUCAACUUAUGGGGCAGUUACCUUCCGCGCGUGUGACACCGGAUAAGCCCUUUCUUGUCAGCGGAGUCGAU